GCUAUGAUGUCAAGCGUUUUCAGCUGUUGGCUGGACGUUGGAGGGGAGAGAGAGACUCUCGUGGAGAAAAAUACUAUUUUAAAAUAAAGUAGUUUAGAGCUCUAGAGAACUAGACCCCCUUGGGUAUCGAUAUACAGUCCACGUCAGAGAGAGGGAAAGAGGAGGUGUGUAAAGGGAGAGACAUUUGCCUCGCUGUAGCCAACUUUUUACAGACGUGACUAGCUCGCCAACUGACAAACAGCCUGUUAAUACAAUGCCAUGGGAUUAUGAAUAAACAUGAUCAACCAAGAGCUCAAGUUCACGCAAGAUCGUCCGUUGAGAGUGUAAAUAACGCCCGACCGAUUUAAUUUUGGACACCGUUUUUGAAGAAGACGAGAACGUGGCUGAUUCCUUUUGAAUAGCCGACUUUUGUUGUAAAAACAGUGAAGAAGGACUUUUUUGUGCUCACUGUAUGUGCAUAGGAACCUGUUUUUCCACCGCUGCUUCGAUGUUCUGUUGUUUUCCGUUGUGUUCAUGCCUGACAAUUCCCACGGAAACAGACCCACAUAGCCGCUCGCAGUAGGCACACAAGCUGUUCUGAUGGACUCCAGAUAACAGCACCACUCUUCAUCCUCCAGCCCCAACCUUUAACCCCCACCUCCUCCUCAUCCUUGUCUGGUUGGUCUAUUGGAGCCCCAGGAUGACAGACCCUAAUGGGUCUGUGGGAGAGGGCUUGGCCGAGGUGGAUGCCUGCAGCCUGGAGAUCGAGAGGCAGUAUGAGGUCAUCCCUGCCGUCAUCUGCUCCAUGUGCUGCCUGUUCGGCAUCAUCUACUGCUUCUUCGGCUACCGCUGCUUCAAAGCUGUCAUGUUCCUGUCGGGCCUGAUGUUUGGCUCGGUCAUCAUCUUUCUGCUGUGCCACAAGGAGCGGGUGCUGGACACCCAGCUGAGCGUGGAGGCCUCGGCGGGUAUUGGCCUGGGCAUCGGCCUGCUGUGUGGCUUGGUCACCAUGCUGGUGCGCUCAGUGGGCCUCUUCAUGACAGGCCUCCUUCUGGGCCUGCUGCUCGCCCUCGCCGCCCUUCUGGUCACCCACCAGUUCUACACCCCCACCACCGUCUGGGUGCCCCUGGGGGCACUGCUGGGCACAGGCAUGCUGUUCGCUGUGCUCACCCUGCAGUGGCAGAAGCUCUUCACCGUAUUGUCUACGUCCGUGUUCGGGGCAGCCAUCAUGACGGUGUGCGCCGACUACUUUGUGGAGAUGCUGGCGCUUGCCAGCCACGUGUACGAGUGCCUGAGACUUUCGCCGCCGCCGCCGCUCUGCUGGUACAGCUGGGUGAUCCUGGGUAUCUGGCCGACACUCAGCUUUAUGGGGGUGCUGGUUCAGUGGAAGCUGACGGCUGAAGGCUUCUCACACACUGAGGUCAUCAUCAGCAGGAGGCAGAAGCGGGUCCAGUUGAUGCGGAUCAGGCAGAAAGAUGCCAAGAAGCGGCAGCAGAGCGGUGGACAAGAGGGCACUUACCGUCGCAAGCCUACCCCCGUCAAACGCUACGCAGGAGACCUGCUAGCACCGAGUUACCUGCAGAGUCUGAGGGACAGACAGAUGGGCACAGGCAACUCCCUCAGCAGCCUGGGCACUGCCAACCACACCAUGAUUGACUUUGACUACGAGACUGGCUCCACCGUGCCCCUCACCGCCACUACACCAGUCAUCAGGGUCUGACGCACCGAGGGACAAGCAGGAGACCAACCACUUGUUUCUUGUCCCUCCUCCACAGUCCUCCUCCCCUACAGACUGUUAUUUUAGGGCCUCAGCUCUUAUUUAGGCAAUGUUCGAGUCUAUUGAAUAGUGAAUCUACCUUCCAUUGAGCUGGAAUAGGGCCUUGAAUGCUGUCCAAGUGAAGAUCAUUACACCAAUAGUUCCUAGCACAACUCCAGUGUAACUCUCAGCCUAUCAUUGUUGGACGUUUGGAAUGGCCGACUUGAGAGUGAUGGAAUGGUUCCUCUGUCUGUGAGCUGUUCCCUAAGAGUUGUUGGGAGGGACGUUUGGCCUCUUGUUUGAUGUGUGCUGUAACCACUCUGUGUCAAUAGACUGUGCCUGUGUGGCCUCUCCCUGUGUUGUCUGCUCUGAGCGUGGGAGGUCCAUGUGAAAAGUCGGAAGGCCACUGAAGAGGGAGGGAGAAAGAGCAGAAAUAAUCUCAUCUGACUUCUUAGGUCAUAUACUUUUUUUGGUGCCAUUAUGAUUGAUUAUAUAUGGGAAAAAUCACUUGACUGAUGAAAACAGACUCUUUUUGCUGUUCGGGAACCAAUAAUGGGGAUGGAAAUGGCUAUGAAUAGCACGAGAGCUACCUCCUCGAGUAAUAUCAACUUUUACAAUUGGAGUUAUCUGUGCUUUAAUGACUUGAAAUUAACCAGUGGCAUGUAACUUCUGGUCACCUGACUUCCUCAAAGAAUAGGAGAGCAGCUGUUGUUGAGGAUGCACUGUGACUGGACAAAGACGAGGACAAGUCAAGACACAUUUCUCUGAUCUGUGUUUGUUGUCUGUGCGAGUGUGUGUGCGUUUGUAAUGUUAUGGUGUGUGUUGAUGUUUACUUGUCCCUUUUUGUAGGUAAAUGCCUGUAUAGUUGGGUGUAGAAGAUUCAGGUCCAGAGAGAUACACGGCAGCCAUUUUGUGCCUCAAUACAUUGAAGAUUAUUACAUGGGCAACUGUUACAAGUGAAAUGUACGUUUUCUUUCAUAGGAAUUACAGUGCCUUUUUUAGAGGUAGCAAUACUGCAAUACUAUAUAUACAAUGUUUCAAACCACACUCGUUAUGUCAUUUAUUUUGGAGCAGUAGCUUGUUUCAUGACAACUUAUUGGCAGUUUUACCUGUGCAGUACCUGUAUUCAGUAAUUUAUAUGAUUAAUAACGUUGAAGGACUAUGCUAUGGUAAAAUUAGAGUACACAUUUGCCAAAUUCUAGGUUACUAAAGAAUUAUCUGUGUUUUUUGAAAAUGGUAAUUUACUGUUUUAGAAUUUUAGAGGGAUAGUACUCUGACUAUUCUGAAUCUGUACAGAAUUGUCAAUAGGAAAUGUAAAAGAUAAACCAUUAAAUUAGUUUAAAAACAAAAGCUGUUUGAGUGAUUCCUCUGAGGAUAAUAAAUGGCUCUGUAUAUUUUCCUCAUAGUCACCUAGCAACAUCCGCUGCCAAAUUCACCCUUAGAAUCAGAGACACAGAGGGUCUCAAAGGCAAAAACAGGGGGGGGGGUCCUGCUCCCUGGUGGUUUAAGCAGUGGUGUUGCUGUGGCAGCUCCAAAACUUUAUCAACCCUCAAGUGUCAUGCAUGAAAGCUGCAAUUCGUCGGGGCAUGGACUCAACAAGGUGUCAAGAAAGCGUUCCAAAGGGAUGCUGGCCCAUGUUAACUCCCAAUGAUUCCCACAGUUGUGUCAAGUUGGCUGGAUGUCCUUUGGCUGGUGGACCAUUCUUGAUUCACACGGGAAAUCCAGAAGCGUUGCAGUUCUUGACACAAACCGGUGCGCCUGGCACCUACUACCGUACCCCUUCUAAAGCUACUUUAAUCAUUCGUCUUGCCCAUUCACCCUUUGAAUGGCACACAUACACAAUCCAUGUCUCAUUUGUCUCAAGGCUUAAAAAUCCUUCUUUUAGCUGUCUGGCAUUUAACAAGUGACAUCAAUGGAUCAUAGCUUUCACCUGGUAAGUCUAUGUCAUGGAAAGAGCAGGUGUUCCUAAUGCUUUUUAUACUCUGUGUACAUCAUAAAGGAAACAAGGACUGUUGAAAUGGUUUUAUUGUUGACUGUCAUUACUCAUUUGUACAACUACAUCUUGGAUGAAUUAACAGCUAAAUAAAAAUCACUGCACACAUAUAUAAACAUUUCCAAAUGGUACUGUAGGCCUACACACUGUGAAUUCCCUUUAGCUUGUAGGAGUCACAUGACUAUAAAAACAUCAAUACACAUGAUGAGGUUCAACAGAAACAUCAGUACACAAUUAUAAGCCAGUUAUAAAAUGUAGACAUCGUGAUGUGAAAGCUGGUGUUGACCUUGGAAGUCUGAUGCAACACCAAUGAUAUUAGGCUUCUCUUUAUGUGGGAAGGCCAUACUCUAGCCCUAUAAACACAUGACAUGGCGACAAAAAACUCACAAAUACUUUUUCAGACCCGUCCACAAGCCAAAAGUCAAAAGAAAACGAAGUUUCAAAAGUGCUGGGUGAACACCAUUGAAAUCAGUACACAUACUGAAAAGAGGGCAAACAACAACUGAAUAAUCCCAUCCACAUCUGUUGUGAGGGAUAGGAAGGGCCCCCCUGGAAGGCACCCAGAGAGCAUAACAAACAGCCUCUCCACACACUCCCUCAGAACUUAGUCUAACACGUUUGGGUUGAGGUCCUGCCUGCGUUACAUGGAAACAGAGAACUAGUAGGCCAUAACGAUAUGACACUCAAUACUCAACCUUAUAUAAGCACGUAUGUCUUACUUCAAAUGGCUUUCCCACUACUUACGUUGAUAAAGAUUCUAUCUCACGUUUCGAAGAAUUCGUUUGACAUAACAUUUCAGUUUUAUGUACCUUGACUGAUAACAUCUACUGGUACAUGGAAAUAUGUUAUUAUAUUGGUUUCACAGUGUGAACACAAUGUUAUCACAGAGUGGUUGUGGUUGUUGUUGUUGUGUGGUUCCCUGAACCGUUAAUUGUGAACACAUCUCACCAGCAACGUAUUGAGGUUUAUGGUGUCUGCUGCCCUCUAGUGUCUUGCUCCUAGCAGCGCAUCCAGCGUUCACUCAUGCUGAGCGGGUAGCCUUUGUCUACACUCAGUAGCCCGUUCACACGCCAGUACUUGUCUCCCUUGAAGAAGAAGAUGUUUCCGUUGGUCCAGGUAAAGGCAGCAUCAGGGUUGGAGGGCACCCCAGUGAAGAGAUUAGAGAGGGGUUUAGGGUACACGUUGAGGUUACUGUGGCGCAGCUCAUCCCACUGCCAGUACCCUGUA